GCCAAUCGCGAUCCAGAGUCCAGAUCCGGAGAGAUUGGAGCCGUUUUUCAGCUGAUUACAGCUCCGAGCUGAUCGUCAAACAGCUCAAUGUGACUGUUGAAAUAACCCGUGACUAAACUAGCCGCUAGUUACCGAUUUCAACCAUUCAAUGUCACGUUUUGUUUUGACAUAAACUUUCAGGAUGUUCUCCUUCCCGCUGCUUCUCCUUCUUCUCUCCUCCAACCGAAGUUGGUUCGGUUUUGUUUCGGCUUCUUCCGCCGUGCCGGACGCUAACGACGCCGUGGUGAGCGUGAUGUCUCCGGGACAGAGCCAUCUGACCGAGGACUCUCUCCGCUCCUUCUUUAAUACACUGCAGACCCGUGUGCAGUGUGGUGGCGUGCCGUGUGAAAAGUGCCAUCUGGCAGGAGCUGUUCACCAGCUCAUCGGCGAUCACCUCGCCUACGGGGAGGAUGAAGACUGGAAAGCUGUCGGGGACAUAGUCGUCAGCGCAUCUCAGUUUCCUGCUCUUGCUGCCGGCAGCGUCCUGUUCCUUACCUCUCCUCUCCUGACCUGCAUGGCGAUACGACAGGAGAGGUGGGCUGAGGAGUCUGAACAUUUCUUGCACAAGUUCACUCACCGCGGUGAACGCAAGCCUCAUCAUGGGCACACACACGAGCACAUGGACGUUCAUGGAUUAGAAGGUGUGCUUGGCGAGCUGCACAUCCACUACGAGCCAUCAGACAACAAGAGCUGUGUGACGGCCAGCAGCAUCAUGACAGAGAUUGACCCAUCAUCAUCAGACGAGAAGCAGGAAGUGGGUGCUGUUUUGGGUCGUGUCCUCUAUCACGCUCUGUUGGGUCACUGCUUCACUGAUCAGUCUCUGCCUGAGGAGAGCUUCUUCCUGGACUACAUCAUGCACCAGCUGGGUUCAGAGAAUUUCACCGUUCAGGAUUUGAAGGUCCUCAUGUGGAGGCUGAAGCUUGGACAAGAGGAAGAUCGUGGACACGACCAUGAACAUGCUGACCAUUAUCGGAGGAAGAGAAGCAGCUAUGAACGUCAUGAGUCUCAUGAGAGUAACAGCACAUGGGAGCAUCGCUGUUUCUCAGCUGAAGAACUGGUCCGGAUCUUUGGUCUGUCUGAUAAAAACUCCUCCAGUAUGGGUCGAUCUGAAGUGGUUCAGCUCAGUCCUGCGCUCAUCCAGCAGAUCCUGAGUGGCUCCUGUGCAGCCACCACAGACUCGGUGACCCCAGAUGAACUCUCCAAGACCGACCGGUACCUCUACGCAACCCUCGCCAAUGUGAUCAUCACCCUGGCAUCCAUGUUUGGGAUCGUGGUGCUGCUGUGCACCUCGUGCACCAACAUUUUCCAGUUGUGCAUCCAGUUCUGCAUUAGCAUGGCUGUAGGAUCGCUCACCGGAGAUGCCCUGCUGCACUUGAUCCCUAUGUUUCUGAGUUUACACAUUCACUCAGAUGAUGAUGAUGAUGCACGUCACCGACAUUCUAGACAGAAUGAAGAAAUUCCAGACUACAUAUGGAAGAUGCUGGCAACAAUCGGAGGGAUCUACAUCUUUUACCUGAUGGAAACCAUCUUCUCUAUGGUUACACAAGAAAAGGAUCAUCACCACCAUCACCAUGAGGAUGAAUCCAAGCCUCACCACUGCGACCAUGUUGGAGUUUUAGAGAUGUAUCAACGCGACAGGAGACAGAAAGACAAGUCACAAUCGACAUCAAAAUCAGACCUGGUUGACAACGAGGACAGCCACUCGGAGCUGAAAAAGCCUUCAAAAGAACAGCGUCUGCUGCCCUACAUGAUAACAAUCGGUGAUGGGAUCCACAACUUUGCAGACGGAUUAGCCAUCGGCGCCGCUUUCUCUUUGUCAUGGAAGUCUGGUCUGGCCACAUCGCUGGCUGUUCUCUGUCACGAGCUGCCACAUGAACUGGGGGAUUUUGCCAUUCUGCUCCACUGUGGCUUGUCUGUCCGCAGGGCGUUGCUUCUGAACGUGGGCAGUGCCAUGACCUCAUUUAUUGGCCUGUAUAUUGCUCUCUCUAUAGCUACAGACCUUGCAGCCCAACAGUGGAUUUCUGCUGUUGCUGCAGGACUCUUUUUAUAUGUGGGACUGGCUGAUAUGCUCCCCACACUGGUCCAUGUCGGCAGCAAGAAUCCCUGGCUGAAGUUUAUCCUGCAGAAUGCCGGCAUUCUGACUGGUUGGACUAUUUUACUGUUGCUGUCACUUUAUGAAGAGAAAAUCAGCUUUUAAUGGUUUUACUGUUAAGGGAGCUCAUUUUUUCCUCUGGGAACAAAGUGGAAAAUGACUUAGGAGUGUUUGGACAACAAUUACAGGGACAUUACUCUGACUUUUUGGAUAUUUCACUUGUUGGGGCCACAGCACGAUGGCAAGAACUGAGUGAAAACUGAUGGAACCAGAUGCAACGUUACGACCACUCUGGAUAUUUAUUCCCUACAUUUGAAAACAAAAUUUUUAUCAAGAAGAGAUGAUACAUUUUCUACAGAAUAAUUAUAGAUUUUAUCAGCUGUCUUCAGUAUUCCUUUCGAUCAUCAACCAAACCAGAACACGGGUUCUUACAUUGGUUCAAAAGUGGGCAUGCAUGAAAAGGCUGACAUCACAUCAGUUUUUCCGUACUUAAAAUGGUGUAUAUGUGUGUAGGACAAGUGAAAACACAGUGGGAACAGUUGACAGGUCAAAAUACAAAGUAAGAAAGUCAAACAUUAAGUUGAAAGAGAAAGUAUGUGGAAGUAUAUGGAGUUCUGCACAAAUUAGUCAAAAAAUGUAAUCUGAUCUUCAUCUAAGACGCAACAACAGACAAUCACCGUCUGCUUAAACUAAUACCACACAAAAUAGCAAUAACUUUAACCAAAUGUUUCCUGUUGUCGCAGAUCAGACCCUCACAACAGUCAGGAGUAAUUCUAUCUCCUGCAUUAGCUUCCGAUAGAAAAUAGAUGUUGAAACUUUAAGAUUUGGAAAGCCUGAUAAAUCUGUCACACUGUCACUUAACAUUCAUGAACUCAACCAUCUUGACUCAUGACGGGGGAAGGCUGUUGUUGGUUUAGUGUCAAAGUCGUUUUUAUUGUCAUUUCUACCACAUGUGCAGGACAUACAGAGAAACGAAAUUGAGUUUCAGUACACACAAUUCAGAGAUCAGACAUACAUGGGUAAGACACAUGACAAGAAUUGGUGACUGCGGUCAUUCGCAACAUGAGUCGCGCUACCUUAAUAGAUAGAUGAAAAGGGUGUUACAUGAGGAUAAUUGGGGGUAAGGUUAAAAAAAAGGCAUAGCAGAGUUAGACCCAGCGGGGAGUAACUCUAUUAUACAAAAAAAAAAAACUCCUCAACAUAGAAGCACAAACAGCACAGAUACAAAACAUCAGAGUCUGAUGGGGAGGUGGGGUUGGGCGGGAUCCUGAAGCCUCCAAUGGGAGCUGCCGGUACGGCGCAUCAACCAGCUGCAGACCAACAGGUGGGAGGGAGAGAUAAGAAACAGAGAGCACAUUGAGUUUCCCGCAGGUCGCUGACCUCAGCAGAAGUCAUAAUCUGAAGGCGGGGGGGAAGGUCGGGACACAGCAUCUGUCAGCAUUUCUCCUUUCGUGGGGGAGUGUUGAGCAGCUUGAGAGGCUGCCUUGGCGUCAGAUAAAGGAUAAACAUGGCUUUGUUUGGGGCAGGCAGAGAUAAUUUUCCUCUCUGCCUUGGAGUCUAUAAGUGGUCAUUCAUGUCCACCAAUGAAGCCAAUUUUACAUUCUAAACAUCCCCACAUCGUCGUCCGGCGACCCUCUCCGAGAUGACAUCCAUCUUGCGUACUAAUACAGGCAACGCCGCGAGGACAUUAUCCAGCUUACGGUUCACCUCGAGUAACGUCCCAGUCUGUGAGGUCACCGCCCGAGCGGCACAUUCCAUGGGCGCGGGUCGCACUCCAAUCACUCCCGUCUUCCCAAAUUUCCAGAAAACCAGAUAUCCUCCCACUCCAAUCAGAAGAAAUCCAGUGAUCAUCAGGCCGAACAUCCACAAAUCUUCCACGUCCUCGAUGGACAACUGAGAAACGCACAUGAUUCGCCAGACCUCCCAAGAAUGGAGUGCAUAUCCCACUGCGAAUGUCCCCUCGGGACAGGUGUGAGCCCCCUUCUCCGUUCUCAUCGUAGAAAAAAUUUUAUCAAUCGCGUUGAAUGACCAGUUACUUAAGUCCAUAUUUCCAAAAAAAGAGUAGUGGUUUCAGGAGAAAUGCAGAGAAGUGCUCUGUAGGCUGACAGGACAAGAGCCUUGGGGAAGCAGAUAAGGGAGCUGAGAAAAAAAGCGUCUGUACUCUCUGAAGGCUGGAGAAGAAAGAGGUAACAGCAGAGAGCAUCUCAGAUUCUACAAGCUAACUGUUAGCAUUAGCUACUCCACCAUACAGCAGAACUCCUUCAGGGUUGUGUAAUUGGUGGAAAUAAAACCUCAACGUUGCAGAGCAGUCAGUGGUAGAGUUGCGUUGCUGUUAUCCAAUCAGAGGUGAGACAUCCCAAUAUCAGGAAAUAAGACUCCAAAUCCUGCCGCCUGAAGCUCAGCUGCGAUGUGGCUCACUUCGGCCAAAUCUCAAUACUUGCACUGCGCCCUGUGGUCUUCAGCAAAGUGCAAUUGGAGAAAGUGUGCAGUAAGACUUCAAGUGCAUAAUACACAAGUAAGCAAAUAAUUGCCAAAUUGAGACAGGGAGCAUUGCGUCAUCAACCGCAAUGCAUGCCGGGAAGCUGGUUGCUUAAUUUCUUCUUUCAAAAACCUGUACUAACAACUUUCAAACAAACAACCAAACAGUUACUUGAAAUAAAUUUAAAUUCAUUGCUGCUUUGUCCAAAACAUUCCGAGCAUCAACUAAUCAUCCUAAAAUGAAGUAAUUUCAUUAGAAAAUACAUAUUUUCAGAAAUGGAACUUGAGCUUGUUCUCCUGCAGCAAUGGAUUGUGGGUAAUACACUUCACCCAAGUCUGCAUCGCUGCAGACUUGGGUGAAGUGCGGAUCAAGGGUGCAAAAGGGCCGUGAUCAAUUUCCACACAAGAAUCGGGACACCCUACGCAGUCGCACCCCUGGUCGGGUACACACAAUUGAAGUGCGCAAGGGUGAAAGUGCGAGUACUGAGAUUGGGUUUCCAGUUCCUGAAACAGGUGCACCGGGGCUUUCCCCCCCCCCCC